AUGGACUAUUCGCGACUCAAGGCUGCUGCCUUGCAAGGCGCCGAGGACGAAGAGGCCGUCACUGUCGAUACCAGGGCCUUGAUUGACAAAGUUCUUGCAAGAUACUCGGGUGAAUGGACGACCCUGCGAGAACUCAUUCAGAACGCCGCCGACGCGCAAGCAACAACGGUCAAAGUCAAAUGGGAGACACUACCUUCGACUUCAGUUGCGCUUCCGAAUACUACAAACCGAUCCGAAUUACUUAAACAUGUCAUUGCGAAUCACACUCUGCGACGUCUUGUCGUUCAAAACGAUGGCCAGCCGUUCACAAAGACCGACUGGGGGAGAUUAAAGAGGAUUGCCGAGGGAAACCCUGAUGAAACAAAGAUUGGUGCCUUUGGUGUUGGUUUCUACAGCGUCUUUGCCGACUGCGAGGAGCCAUUCGUAAGCUCAGGCAACGAGGCUAUGGCAUUCUACUGGAAAGGGAACGCUCUCUUCACCAAGAAGUCAACAUUGCCCGAAGACCAGAGAAGCGGUGAUACCACAUUCGUUCUCGACUAUCGGAAUUCCACUACCCCUCUACCGAAUCUCCUAUCGGUCAGUCAGUUUCUCGCCACGAGCUUGACAUUUGUUGCCCUUCAACAUGUGGAAUUUUGGAUCGACGACUACAAGAUACUGGCUCUCCACAAGAAAACAUCGCCGAGCCUUGAGGUGCCUAUCCCGAGGGACCUCGAAACACGGACGAAGGAGGGGCUCAUGAAAGUCAGUUCCGUGGAACGCACUAGCACUCAGAUCGAUGCGGCUGUUAUGAGCGCAGCGGGUUGGAAGCCAAAGGCAGCCGCAGCCACCAAGACCUCUGAUUCGUAUGGCAUGGGAUCCGAAGUGCCCUCACUUCGGAGCUUCUUCUCCAGAUUGACCUCUUCAGCGACGCAGGCCACCGCAAAGGGAAAACAACAGAGAGAAGAGGCUGCAGCUCAGGAAGAGAUUAGCGAGGACGUGACAAAGAUUUCUACUUCGACCAUAUUCCUUCGUGUGACGAGUGCAGCAGUUAAAACCCAUGUGUCGACAUCCUUUGCAAGUGAGCUAGAGCGAGCAACGAAGAAACCGCCGCCAAAGACUACGAAACUAGCCAUCCUUACCUCGUCCUAUGACGAGACCAUGGCAUCAGAGAGCUCACGCUCUGCUACUAUAUCAAAGACGGUCGAUGUCUUCGCAUCAGUUUUGCCAAGCAAAAAGCCAGGUGGACGUAUCUUCAUCGGCUUUCCUACGACCCAAACAACCGGUGCCGGCAUGCACAUUUCUGCCCAAUCAGUGAUUCCUACCGUUGAGCGUGAGGCCAUUGAUCUCAACGCACGAUGGGUCAGGACGUGGAACAUCGAAAUGCUUCGAGCGGCUGGUAUCAUGACCAGACUGGCGUUCAUCAACGAGAUGAGCGAUUUAGACUCCAAGAUCAAGAGUACUGUUGGAACAGGAAUGAAACUGGCAGCAGCGGAUAUUGCAAAGCUGAUGCCUGAAGCACUUCACAUUCUUAAGACCUUCACAUUUACUGACUCCACACCAAGCGGCCAUGUUGCACAGAUUCUUGAGGAAUCGUUUUGGACUGCAUUCAAGAAGGCUUCUGUUGAGGUUUUCUCUUCCCGCGGUGUUUUGUCGAGCACAAAAGUCCGCAUCGGUUCGGACGAGCUCAGCAAGUUUGUUGAUACCAUUCCCGUCGUUCCCAAGGAGCUCAUGGAAAACUCGUUUGUGCGAAAGUUGAUCGACUUUGGGCUUAUUAGCCCCAUUACCGUGGAUGAUGUUCGAGCAGAACUAGAAGCUAAAGCGAUGAACAAGGAGCAACUGGUUAAUUUCAUUAGCUGGGCUGGAAAGAAAGCGCUCAAUGGGGAGCUAGACCCCCCUAGCAAAGCCCGACUUCUCGACGUUGCGGUUGCGACAGUCAGUGAGAAUGGUGAACAAGGCGACAUCAUCGCCUUGGGUACCAUCACGAACUAUCAAGCAGCGAACAAGAUUCCAGCGAAUCUUCCUAUCCCUCCGACGACCAUUCCUCUGGCAUAUACAAACACCUGCUCUGCCCCUGAAUUGCAAGCUCUUGGCUGGGAUCCUCUCGAGAUUGUGCCCUGGUUACGCUUUUUGAUAGAGACCAGUUCAAGCAAGUCGGACGACGAGAACCUGAAAAAGUCACCCAAAUUUGCAGUUCAAAUUCUAACGGUGUUAUCUAAAAACUGGGAUAAUAUCAGUCAGAACUCCAAAGCGACGAUCAUAACGCUUCUCCAGGCCCAUACUGUCAUGCCGACAAAGAUGGGCAUGAAGAAGCCAACUGAUUCUUUCUUCCCCAGCGUCAAACUUUUUGACGAUUUGCCUGUUAUCCAAGGCUGCCAGAGUUUGAAGGACAAAUUUCUUUCGGCGAUUGGCGUGCGCAAAACGGUCGACCUGGAUACUAUCUUCUCUAGACUACUGAGUCCUUCAGCCGAAGGUGGUGCGCAGAAAUGGAGCCAUAUGGAGCUCAUCAAGUAUCUUGCUUCGGUCAGGGAUGACAUUCCUGCAGAGGAUAUGAGGAAACUUAAAGAAACACGUUUCUGCCCUGCGGAGGCUGGUCCGAAAGGCAUGGAGCCCACCAAGGGGAGCACCCAACUUUACAAGGUCUCAGAGUUGUUCGAGCCAAAAGACACGCUGAGAGCUCUGCAAUUGCCAAUUAUGCAAUGGCCUGGCCCGCCUGGAAGCUAUAGGUCCAACAGCCAUGAGGGUCGGUUCCUCGCCAUCCUGGGCUUGCGUCCCUACCCGUCUGUCCCUGAGAUGGUUGACAUGAUGUCAUCCAAGGACGCAGAGCUGAGGGUUUCCGCGAUGACCUAUUUCAUUGCAAAUCAUCACAUAAACGGGUACGGGUCCUUCAACCUCGCUGACAGCCGUAGGGCUUUCCUGCCCAUUCAAAAUGAAAAUAGGCUGGUCCCACCGUCUGCUUGCUUUACGAAUGAGGGUGCUGCAGUCCUGGGCUUCGACAUCCUUAAGAGAGAGCUUCACGUACAUGCCAACAAGUUUGGUGUUGUCAGAGAUCCGCCAAUUGUUGAAUGUGUGUCGCGUUUGCUAGCCAAACCUCCACAGGAUCGUCAAAUGGCCGUCACUCUGUUCGAAUACUUUGCCUUGCGGCUUGGUGAUCUCGGAGAAGGCAGUUUGGCGAAAUUACGAGAUGCUCCCAUCGUCCCAGUCACUCGGCAAGCCCGUGAUGACAACGAGAAGUCAGGCUCUUAUGUUACUCAUGUGAGCCCUAAACGAUGUUAUUUGGGUAGUUCUGCGACUUAUGGCAACAUUUUUGACUUCGUUGAUUUCGGCACGAACGCCAACACUUUCCUGUUCAAGUGCGGAGCCAAGAAUGAACCUACAAAACCAGAAAUCGCACAUCUCGCAUGCAAUGAGCCAGCACGUCUUCUCGGCAUCCUGCAAAGCCCGGAUAAAUAUCUAGCGCUUUUGAAAUCAUUAGCUGAGAAUUGGGCAACUCUGAAGAGAGAUAAGGAGCUGGUCAGGAAGAUGAGAGCGUCUCCUUUCCUAUUGGCUGCUAAGGAAAUCCCGUCACCCACGCCGUCCAAGGAUAAGCUCAUUGACAUUGACGACGAUGACGCCCCAAUCAAGCAAUAUCAGCUCGCUACGGCCAGCCGGAUUGUCAUUCUGGACGAUAUUAUCAGCUAUCGCCUCUUCAAGGACUAUUUGAUUACAGCGCCCGAGGAGGAAGUUUUAGAAGAGUUUUAUUAUCAGCUGGGCGCCCAAAACUUGAGCUCACUUGUGGAGGAGGAAGUCAGGAUUGGUCCACAUGCAGAUAAGCAAGAUCGGGCGGCAAAGCUGCGGAAGCACGUCCUCGAGCGCUCCAAGAUCUUUCUACACGAAUAUUCAAACUACCGCCGAGACUACAUCAAACACGAUGCGAAGUGGUUGGAGAAGAGCUUACGGGUUGAGCUUGUGCGGUCUGUGGCAUUACGACGGUCUCUCAAGGGCCACAGCCAAUCCCAUACGGAGAAGAGAUCUGCGGCUAGUGCUCAGUCUGGCUCCAGCUGGAUUUUGUAUGUUACCGCCGAGGGACAGCCCGACAUGUACCAGGUCGGACAAGCCAUUUGUCAGCUCCUUUUGACAAGGCCUAAUCAGCAGGCAUACCUCUUCUUCGAGCCCUUCCUCACUCUUGACCUUCUUGGCUUGCGAGCCAGAGGAUACAAUGUAGAUCGUAUCUUGCGAGCAAAGGCCGCGGAGGCCAGGAUUGCCGAGGAGGAGCGCCGCAAGGCACUUGAAGCGGAACAAAAACGCAUUCAGGACAAAGAGCAAGAAUGGGGACAACAAGCCAAGGCGGCCGAAGCUGCUCGACAGGCGACUCGGACCCCGGAACCCGUCAUGCCAGGAUCGUUUAUGAAUGACAGUCCCGAAGAGUCGCACAAGCUACCACCUCCCCAGCAGCAAGGACGAAAGGGCAAAGGUCUCUUUUCCAAUCUUUCCCGCCGCUUUGGUUUCGAAAGCAAUGACAAUGACGAGGCGGAGGACCAGCUGCAAAAGUUUAUUGACAAGCCUCAACAGAGCCAUCAGCAUGGAGCUGUUGACCAACCGAGCGGGGGCGGUAACGGUUCUGACAAGAAGGACGACGGGCGUGUAACCAACCCCGCCACUGUUGGCCAGAACCUUCUCAACGCUAUCAACUCCACAAGAGCCCAUGAUUCAAACAGUGUUUUCUCACCCCCAAGUGUGAACGAGGUCAAAGAGCAAGCCACUUAUUGUGACAGUACGCCAGCACAGAACAUUGUGUUUGCUGCUGAGGCUUCCAACAGCAUGAAGGUGUUUGUUUCAAAGAACCUAUCCACUGAUGCCGGUCGCUUCUUGUCAACAUACCACGGCGCUAUUAACGCGUUCGCCUCUCUGCUCACUGAGGUGGGCAGCAUUUACUCGCUUUCUCCCCGAGUUCUUCAUAUUUUUUAUGAUGAAUCAGGCUCUACAAUCGCCUUCAAUAGCAAUGGCAGCAUUUUCUGCAACCUGCGUUUCUUCCUGCAGUUGCACGCAGACAAGAUCGGCCAAUCUCGAGCUAGUGAAGCAAAGGCUGAGUCAGCUGUGUGGUGGUGGGUUGUGAUUGCUCACGAACUGGCGCACAACCUAGUUCAACCCCACAACUCCGAUCACAGCUACUACACGUGA